UUUGUCUCAAUAUAGUCAUUAUUUCUUGUCCCAUCCUCACCUUUCUGUGGGCCUCCUACUCCUUCUGUAUAAGUCUCCUCAAUGGCCCCUGAAGAGUGAAGAUAUUUUCCUUUUUUUUCCUAGUUGCCCUAGUAGGGUUUGUUAUAGGUGGUUUUUGUUUUUUUUUUGUUAUUGGAAGUUCUUCCAAGGUAGGCGGAAUGUUCGGACAUUAUAUCAAUGUUCCCCUUUGUUGUCUAGUGUUGUGUGGUGGAGGGGGCAAUUGAAGGAUGAUGCACACAGCAUAAUUGCGGCAGUUGCCGACUGCCAGCCAAUCGACAGCUCACUUUUUGUAAUGUUGAUUUUUGCAAAUUGAUCUAUUGAUUUAUUGUGAUUUAUUACUAGUGUUGUCUCGUCUCGUAUCAUGAUCUGGACCCGGGAUCCUGGAAGCAAGGAGGAUUUAGACAUGAAGAAACUCAUGCAUGGAAAGGAGAACUCCUCCCUUACACCGCUACUACAGCUGGUAGUGCAGGAGGAGGAGGAGGGGGAUGGGCUCAAUUUUAUCGAGCUCAUCAAUCGCCCAUCCCCAAAACCUUGGGUCCCCAUCAGAGAAAUACAACAGCAUGUCCUGCACCCCAUCAUCUCCACCCAUGAGGACAGUAAUAAACAUGGCCACCACAUAAUAUUAAAGAUUUGUAAUGCACAAACAAAAACUCAGUGUGAGGUUUAUUUACCUCAAUGUUUUGCUUUGUGCAUUAGCAGUGAUCAAAUUGAAAAAUGCAAUGCCAAUUGCGGGAACAUGUGUCUUGUUGUGGCGCAUAAAUUAAUAAAUUAGAGCAACAUAGAAAUUAUUGAAGUUUAAUAAUUGUUAUGUGAAUAUAAUUUGUUGAUUUAUGUGUGACAAAUUGAAGUUGUUGUAAAUAUUGUAGUAAAUUGUGGUGAAUAAUAAAUUGUAUUGAAUUGUGGUGAAUAAUAAAUUGUAAAUAUUGUGCUUGUGAAAA